AGAGCACUCUCCUCCCUGCGGAAUCACUUUUAUUCCCUGAAGGACUGAGCACCUGCAGCCAUCUUUGCUAAAAAGAUUAUUCCAACUUUGAUGAAGUUUGUUUCCUGACAGCUAAGAAACAAGGCCACGCUGGAACACCAGGAGCAAAGGGAGGAGAGGCCAUGGCUGGCAACCUCUCCGAGCUGGAGCCGGCCAUCCAGGUGUUGGUAGACACCUACGACCAGUAUGCCGGCAAGGACCUUUGGGGCAAGAGACGGAGCGCCAUCCGGAAGAAGGAUUUCCAGAAGCUGCUGAGACAAGAGCUUAAUCACAUGCUGACAGAUACUGAGAACAAGGAAGCUGCUGCCAGACUGACCCGUGAUCUGGAUAAGGACAGUGAUGGGAAGAUUAGCUUCGAGGAAUACUGGAACUUGCUGGGCGAAAUUGUUCAUGGACUCUUGGAAUGCCGGAUAGCGAACGAGAAGUAGACAGCCUAGUCUCAGCACACUUCCGGUUUUCCUUCAUCACAUUCCGACCUCUGAGCCUACACUUGUGUUGCUGCCUUUUCUGUGCCAGAUGAAGACUUUUUUUUUAAUUCUCCAAGGCAUUUUAGGAAGAACUAUUUGAAGUGCUGCUGUGUUUAUUCAAUCAACUGAAGUCACGAUGGUCUUUUCAUCUCAGUCCAUCUCCUUUCCCUUGCUGAUAGUUGCGUUCAGGUUUGGGGUAAACACGUCGGGAUGCUGCGACGGCCCAACUGUGAAUUCAAUGAAGUGUUGCAAUAAAGUCUGGAGUCCGUUCGGAAUGUCGCCAUG